ACACCCCAAUCACAAAAAGUAUGCAAUAUUGGGGUUUCGGCAGUGGCGGCUGGUCAAUAGAGGGCGCUGGGGUGCUGCCACACCGCUUGCAGUGGUCACCGCAUUACUUUUUACAACACAACGUAAAUAGAAAGCGGUCAGGGACUUGGGCGGAAAAAAAACUGACAGCAGCGAUGUGGAUAAAUGGGAACCAGAGAGCAUUAAUGACUGCCGCAAUGGAUUCGGAGAAGCAAGAUAUUCCCAAUCCAUGGCCUUGUUUAAGAGAAAUGUUUGCACUUGUCAGCUCUAAGCGUGAUAUUUGUUGAAUGCAUUGUUUUGUGCCAGCCUAAAAAUCACCAUCAUCUGGCAUUGAAAAAUUCUAAAUUGAAAUUCCAAACAGAAAAAAAACGAAAUGCUGCAGGAAAACGUUGUUUUGAUAGUGUGUAAAUUGAUUUUUAUUUUAUUUUGUUCCACCCCCUCUCUCAGCAUGAGCAUUAUGCAAGUUAAUAAAAAAGGAAAAGGAUUUUGUUGGCAGGUUUUUUUUCAGAAUGUAAUUGAUGGCAGAAAUAUUUUUUUACUUUUGUACUUAAGUACAGUUUAUCGUCUUGACUUUUUUUCUUUUACUUAAAAUAAAGGUGAGUCACUAUUUCUACUUUUACCCUUUUUUUUCUUUUUUUUUACACGUCAAAAUGUUGACUUUUGGAUGGAACGUAAUAAAGCGAUAGACGAACCGCGAGGGGGCAGUGUUUACUAAAAUUGAUUUGAAGAUAAAGAAAGUGGGUGAAAGAAGUACAGUUUAAUUCGUCUAAGAAAAGGAGCAUUAGGGCAAACAGUUUGUUGAGCUGGUAGGACAUUAGACUGUCAACAAGCACAUUUGAAGUUUGUUAUCGAGCGCUGAGAUGAAAACGUCAUCACGUGCAGUCUGGGAGCCGUUUGCGAUGAAGCAGUACACUGGACACACUUCCAAGAUGAAAAGGGAUUCAAAGAAGAAGCUUGAUAAAAGUCGCAACCCAAGUGAAGGUGUUGUCCAACGCCGGACUCAGGCUAAGAGGAUGAGGUUUGGAUUGGAUGUUAGCCACGUUUAUAAGGAGUUUGGUCACAUCUGCGACGCCGUUGAUGUCGUCACCAGUCAUGUAGAGGAGGAGCCUGGAGAGUGUCGUCGUGGAGAUGGAGGAUUAGAUGAUUCGGAUGAGCAAUGUUGCUCCCCCUCAGAAAGUCACGGCUCCCGACAAAAACCGAAGACCACCGACAGCCUUUGCCCAUCCUGUCGGAAGCUCUACCAGAGGGCAAAAAGCUUGAAAACUCCCAUCAAAGAUAAACUCCUGGAUAACGAUCCCACCUCCUUGACGUGCGAUAAUUGGGUCCUGCUCAAAAAGUGGAAGGCAAGUAGGCUGCCUGAGUCAAGAGGGAAGCUUUCCCACAGCUUGUUGCUUGUUCAAUCAUGUUUGAAGGGGAAGAGAAAAGCCAAGCAGAAUGAGCGUAAAAACUCAUGCUCGAGGCCACAUAUUUUCCUUCACAGGAACCUCAGACGGCCUCACAAAGUGCCAGCGAGAAGGGAAGCGAAGAGAAACCAGUGCCAGAGGGCAAGAGAUGAUUCUCAGGGUUGCCCGAUUGCCAAGCAGAAGGGUCUCUGUGGCAAACGCCCCCCGCAGUACAAGUGUGGUAACUGUACCGAUAAGAGCGGUUUACACUCUACUUGUGCAGGUCUAGAUGUUGACACUGUUCCGUGAAAAAAUUUCAAAGAAACCCAGUUAACACUUGCAGCUUCUGAGGAAGCCAGCAAGUAUUGUUGUUCUUUUCUUCAAUUUCCAAACUUUUCAAGUAGUCAAAUGCCGGAAAGAUCUGUCAACGUCGCAGUCUCCAAACCCAAAUUGAGGCAACAUUGUUGAAGUUGAUCCACGUCCUAAGACGUGUUCGACAUUCAAGUUUACCACAACUAUUUCAGUAUUGUACAAGGGCAUUUAAUUAUUCAUGCACAGCCGUGUACAGCAGGGGUUGUUUUGAAGUGUUCUAUGAAUAAAGUUGAGUUCAUUGAAUAACAAUUACUCAAUAAUAAUUACUCUAUAUUACACAUAAUGAUAAU